GCCUCGGCCUGCUCAAGUCCUCACCUGAAGCAUGCUCGGGCUUCGUCAAAUUAAUACGUCAUUAACUCGACUCGUCAUCGCUGCAACCGCAGCUGUUGCACUCGGUGCCUUGACAGUCUCGGCCCAGGACACCGCAGGGUCGACCGUCACCUGCGAAGUCUUUCAAUAUCUCGACUCCACAACCAACGAGUGCGUCAAUUACUCUUCGCGAGGUGAAAAAGCUGGAAAUGCCUAUGAUACCACCAUCGAUUCAGGCAACACGGCAUGGAUGCUCAUGUCAAGCGCCCUGGUGAUGCUCAUGACCCCGGGUGUUGCCUUCUUCUACGCUGGUUUGGCCGGUGAAGACAUGGCGUCAAACACGAUGAUGAUGUCGUUCGUGAGCAUGGCAAUGGUAUCGAUCCAGUUCUUCGCCUUCGGGUACUCAGCGAGCUUCAGCUCCGACGGUAUUUUCGCAUGGGCGGGUUACAACAACGUCGGCGCCGUCGCCAGCGGGACUUACGGUGGCAGUAUCCCUCACAUCCUGUUCGCCUUCUUCCAGACACAAUUUGCCACCAUCACACCAGCGUUGAUCAGCGGUGGAAUUGUUGGUCGCAUGAAGUUCGGUAGCUACCUGCUCUUCAUUCUACUGUGGACAUCCAUCGUGUACGACCCACUUGCUCGUUGGAUGUGGUCCCUCAAGCUCGAUGAAAACUGGGAGGUCACCGCUAUGGGCUGGGAGGGCAAGAUGGGUGCACUCGAUUUCGCUGGUGGUACAGUCAUCCACGUCUCCAGUGGAUUUGGUGCGCUUGUGGCCGCCAUUGUGGUAGGCAAACGUUACAACCACGGCGAGCCAGUGAAGCCGCACAACGUACCUCUGGUGAUGAUCGGUGCUACACUGCUGUGGUUCGGCUGGUUUGGCUUCAACGCCGGAUCCCAGGGUGCUGCUGACGGGAUUGCAGCUAUUGCUGCUAUUAACACUCACCUGGCACCGUGUGCUGGGUUCCUGACCUGGUCUGCUCUUGAGUUUGCGUUACACAAGAACUUUGAUCCAUGCGGUGCCGUUAGCGGAGCUGUGGCUGGACUUGUGGCCAUCACUCCUGGUUGUGCCUUCGUGUAUCCGUGGGCUGCUGUCAUCUUUGGCGUCGUCGGUUCUGCUACUGGUUUCGGUGCUGUUCACCUCAAGAAUGUUCUGCGUUACGAUGAUACUCUCGAUUCGUUCGGUAUCCACGGCUGCGGUGGCUUCAUGGGGGGCCUGCUUACGGGUCUAUUCGCUACCUCCGAGAUCAACCCGGCUACCGACGGUGGUGCCUUCUACGGCCAUGGAAUGCAAUUCGUACACCAACUCGUUUCACAAUGUGUGGCUGCUGCCUACUCGGCAGUGGUGACGUUCCUCAUCCUGAUGGCGCUGAAAUACACGGUGGGUCUUCGUGUAUCAGAGGAGAAAGAAGUAAACGGCAUGGAUGUUUCUUACCACGGAGGCCAGGCAUACGAUUACAGUGCUCAUGGUGGGUUUGGUUCACCUACCGUUAAGGCGGCCAAUCCUCCCGCUGGCGACUUCAUGAGCAUGAUGACUCCAGCCGAGCCCGAUGGAAACGGUGUUAGCCAUACAGCGAGUGAACUGUAAGCUGGUUCCUUCUGCUGUGAGAUGUGCUGGAAUUCUCGAGCCAGCCUGUAAUGAUACGUGAAUAUAUAUUUCAACCUCA